AUGGUCGGUACUAAGAAAUUCAUCAACAUGGCCAAGAGAUGGCAGAAGUUCGCAGCCAAGAAGAGGAAGAGAAUUUCAUUUCCGAGAAAUUACAGUGAUGCAGAUAAUUGUAGUACAUUCUCAUCCUCUAGAGUUGAAAAGGGUCAUUUUGUAGUAUAUACAGCUGAUCAAGCACGGUUUGUCAUUCCGUUGGCUUACCUUGAAAAUGAGGCCAUUGCGCAACUUUUAAACAUGUCUGAAGAAGAGUUUGGGCUACCGAGUGGUUGCCCUAUUACAUUACCCUGUGAUUCAGGCUUCAUGAACUACAUCAUUUCACUAAUCAAGAAAGGUGUUGCUGCUGGAGAUCUUCAGAAGGCAUUGCUCCUCUCAAUUCCUUCAUGUUGCAGUUCAACUUUCUCUUUGCACCAAGAAAGUGGAACUCAGCAGCUGCUUGUUUAUUGAGUCAUGAAAUGAUCAUGUUUUGUAAAUGAUAGCUCAAUAUAGAUAGUGUAGCACUUGAACAAUAGGAAACUGAAAUCUUGUAAUAUUACAGAGGGAAUAGAGUUUUAUCUUGAAAUCAACAUUCAAUUUCAUA